AUGGCGGCCUGGCGACCCAGGUCAAUCACGGUUCACAUCUUCACAUUUAUCGUCUUCCUCCUCCUUCGUAGCGUAGCUAGCGUCGGUGGAGUGUCGGAAGAGGAUGACCGCUCCGUGCUUUUAGGCUUCAAGGCCGGAGUGACCGGCGACCCCAUGGGAGCGCUCGCUGGCUGGGGCUCGCCAGACGUGUGCAACUGGACCGGGGUCGCUUGCGACGUGGUGACACACCGUGUUGUCAACUUAACACUAAGUAAUCUGAACCUCUCUGGCAAGGUCUCUCCCACACUUGGCAACCUCUGGCACCUUAGGAAACUCGACCUCUCUCGCAACCACUUCGCCGGCAGCGUCCCGCCAGAGCUCGGCAACCUCUCGAGACUUAGCUGCCUCGAUCUCUCCGAGAACUUGUUUGUCGGCACAGUGCCACCGCAGCUCGGGAAGCUCACCCAACUAGAGAUAUUGAGCCUCAGUGAAAACCAGUUGCAGGGCUCGAUUCCGGGGGAGCUGGCGCGCAUCCGUAGCCUGGAAUGCCUCAAUCUCGGCGAGAACAACCUCUCCGGACACAUCCCGGCGGCCAUCUUCUGCAACCACUCUGCCUUGUACUACUUUGAUGUAUCAUACAACUCUCUAGACGGCAAGAUCCCCAUCCGAGCGGAUUGCCCGCUCCCGAAUCUGGAGAUGUUCGUGGUCUGGUCCAACAAGCUCAACGGCAGCAUCCCCCGCUCUUUGUCAAACUCGACGAAGCUCCGGUGGCUGCUGCUGCAGGACAACUUCCUUUCCGGAGAGCUGCCGUCCGACGACAUGUUCAGUGGCAUGAAGAGCCUAGAAUUCCUGCACCUGUCAAUCAACUUCUUCACGAGCCAGCGGAACACCACCAGCCUUGAACCGUUCUUUGCCUCGCUUGCCAAUUGCACCAGCCUCGAGGAGCUCAGCGUCGCCGGAAACGACCUCGUCGGCACGAUCCCACCUGUCAUCGGCCGCCUCUCCUCCAGCCUAAUGCACCUCCACCUUCAGUUCAACAAAAUCUUUGGUCCGAUCCCGGUGAACCUCUCCUACCUCGCCAACCUCACCGACCUCAACCUCUCCGGUAACCUCCUCAAUGGCUCCAUCCCACGGGGCAUCGCUGGCAUGCGGAAGCUCGAGUUGCUGAACCUCUCAAACAACCUGCUCUCCGGGGAGAUUCCGCCAUCCUUAGGCACAAUCCCGAGGCUCGGGCUCGUUGAUUUUUCGUGGAACCAGCUCACCGGAGCCAUUCCUCAGAGCAUCGUGCAGUGCAUGACUCUGCAAAAUCUUGAUCUCUCCGACAACAUGCUACGAGGCGAGAUCCCAGCUGGCCUAUCGAGGCUAAGCGGGCUGCUCUACCUCAACCUCUCUAACAAUCUUUUGUCUGGAGCGAUCCCGGUGACCAUCGGCGAGAUGGUUAAGCUGGAAGUGCUCAACCUAUCGUCAAACCGGCUCUCUGGCACGAUCCCGCCGCAGCUCGGCCAUUGCGUCGAGCUAGAUUACCUGGAUGUGUCCUACAACGGCCUCACGGGGGAACUUCCUUUAUCCUUGGAGAACGUGUCGCAUGCUAACUUUUCCUACAACGACUUCUGGGGCGAGGUGCCGAGCGGUGGGACAUUUGCGCGGUUCCCGGCGGAUGCAUUCCUCGGCAAUCCCAGGCUGUGCACGGAGACAAUGUCGAUGAUGCCUGGAUUGGCUAAGUGCAGCGACGGGAAGCACAACAUGCUCCACAACCGACGAGUGGUGUUGCCCGUUGUCCUCACUAUCGCGAGCUUCACGAUGGCGAUCAUUGUGCUCGCCGCGUGCCGCGCCAUGGGACGAGACGGGCGGCGCUCGGCGCUGCUGGCAGGUCUCGAGCUGAGCAAUAGGGGGGACCACCCGAGGAUCUCGCGGCGGGAGCUCUCUGAGGCGACCGGCGGGUUCGAGCAGUCGAGGCUGAUCGGUGCGGGGCAGUUCGGGCGUGUAUACGGCGGCAUGCUCCGAGACGGCACGCGUGUCGCCGUCAAGGUGCUCGACCCGAUGACCAGAGGCGGCGAGGUCUCCUGGAGCUUCAAGCGCGAGUGUGAUGUGCUGCGAUGGACGCGGCACCGGAACCUGGUGCGCGUGAUCACCACAUGCAGCCAGCCGGACUUCCACGCGCUCGUGCUCCCAUGGAUGACCAAUGGUAGCCUCGAGAGCCGCCUCUACCCAUCUGACGGUGGCCUUGACCAUGGCAUGGACCUCACAUGGCUGGUCGCCAUCGCCAGCAACAUAGCCGAGGGGAUCACCUACCUGCACCACUACGCACCCGUCCGCAUCAUACACUGCGACCUCAAGCCUGGAAACGUGCUCCUCGACGAUGACAUGACGGCCGUCGUGGCUGACUUCGGCAUCGCGCGCUUGGUCAAGGACAUGGGCGAUGACGAAAUCACCGGCUUUGCUGAUCCAUGCAACUCCAUUGCCGGAUUGUUGCAAGGUUCCGUGGGCUACAUCGCACCAGAGUACGGACUAGGAGGCCACCCUUCAACAGAAGGUGACGUGUACAGCUUCGGCGUGGUGCUACUGGAGAUGAUCACCGGGAAGCGCCCGACUGAUGCGCUCUUCCAAGAGGGACUCACACUGCAUGACUGGGUCAGGCGACACCACCCGCAUGAUGUCGCCGCCAUCAUCGCACAGUCAUGGCUGGCGGCCAUGGAUGUGAUGUUGUCGGCGGUACAAGCGGGCCACAUCGUCGUCGAGCUGAUCGACCUGGGGAUCGCGUGCACUCAGUACUCGCCGAUGGAGCGGCCCACCAUGGUGGAGGUGUGCCACUCGAUCGCCCUCCUCAAGGUGUCUGGGAUGAAAAUAAAUUAUCACAAGAGUGAGUUAGUGGCCAUAAACAUGGAGUCUCCAGAGGUUGCUUCUUUCCUAAGCUUUGCUACCCUUAACCGUCAAACCAACGUCUCAGAUUCAUCCAGUACACUUUGCGAUAACUGGGAUGAAGUUAUCCACGUUGAUUCAGUGAUUCACCCAUGGACAGCUGAAGAUCACCAGCGGCAUGGGUCAGCACAGGAUACUGAAAAUGGAUAUUCAAAGUCAAUAAAAAAAUCAGCUUCCUACCGACCCUUGCGGAUGGGUUGCUGUGCACCGGCCGCGGCCACUGAAUCCUUCGUUGGAGCCUGGAGCGAGCCUGGAGGCCUCACGUUACUACGGGAGAGCAGUGGAUAUAUAGGGCAGAAAGGACAACUAUAUUUGCUGGCUUAG